AUGGCGAAAACAAAAUACUACAAAACCUCCCAAGAAUGGUUCGACCAAUCCAUCCUCCUCAUCGAAGCCCGUCCCUCUACCACCCGCAUAACAACAAAAUACUCCAUUAAGCGCCCCCGCAUAAAACAAACCGAAGAGUCCACCCCCGCCACCGACGCGGCCCCCCGCGCCCCCCGCGCAAAGCUCACCCUCAAGACCUUCGACCCCGUCAGCGGCGCCACGCUGAAGUACAAGACUACCAAGGCGGCGGAGGUGAAUCGGCUUAUCCAGGUGCUGGGAAAGUUGAGCAAGGGGAUGGCGGGGUUGAAGGGUGCGAGGGACGAGGUGCAACAGCAGGGGGCUGAGGCGGAGAAGGAGGAGAAGGUUGUGGGUGCUGCGCAGGGAGCGGCAGCUGGUGCGGAAGCGGGUAAGGGCGCGCAGGUUCCGGAGAAGGGACAAGCGGGUGGUGGUGGUGGGAAGAAAAAGAAGAAGGGCAAGAGGUGA